UUUGAUUAUUUAAUUUUCAAUAAAUUUUUAUUUAUUGUUACUUUUGUGAGUUUCAAGUGAUUUCAGUGAGAAUUGUGGGUUUUUCCUUCUUUAACUGAGGGGUACCAACAAUUUUGUCCACGUGUGUAGUUCUAUCUAGCUUUAUUAUUUACCAUAUGGUUUCAUUGAUCGAUGGUAUUGUUUUAGCAAACGCGAGCCGCUGGCAUUAGCUUGCAAGCAUGUGCUCUUCUCCCUCGAAGUAGCUCCAUUCAAGUUGAAUAUAUAUAAAUUGUUUGUGUGUACAUUAAUUUUACAUAUUUAUCAGCGUGCCUUGUGUUUGCGUGCGCUCCUCAGUUGACAGUGUGGUGUUCCGUGAGAAGAGCUGAAUUGUGGAGAAGGGCUGAAAGCUCCAGCCCGCUAGGCGAGUUUGCUCACACGGAGCUAGCUAACCCUAACCUUAACUGCAAAGAGGCUCGCUAUAGGGGACAACAGAAUUAGCUGUUGGAAGGAGCAGUUAACUUUGCCAGCGCAGUGGCUUCAACACAAACUGCAUAGAUAAAUCACUGCACAAACUAGCUCAAUUUAAAGUGGUUGAGAAUGUUGUAGAUAUCAUUUUCUAGUACUGGUAUGGGGAGCUGUACCUCAGCCUUUGAAUAUUUGAUACUUCUAUGUUGUACUGAAGUUAUUAAUCAGUUCUUACUGUUGUGAUACAGUAAAAAUGUAUUAAAAAUAUGCAUUUUGUGGAAUAUUUCACAAUAUAACUAAUUUGAUAUGUUACUAGUUAUAUUAGGAAAUGCAACUAAUUUGUUAUACAUUUUAAUAAUUAUUUAGCAAUGAGCAAAAAGUGUAGACAUUGUAUUAUUCAUUUUGCACACUACAGAGAAACAAGUGGACAUGGGUUUUAUUCAGGAAAAAUACUUCCCUCACAGAUCAUUCACAUAGAAAUGUGUAGUUUUCUGAACUUAUGCUGUGCCUUUGGUAACCUCUUUUUUGGUUGUGAUUGUAGCAUGACAAGAAAAUUUGCUGUGGUGGAGUGGUGUAAUGGAGAGGAUGCCGGGAAAUACAGUGAGGUGAAGACUGAGGCUAUACGUGCUUAUGAUGACUCCAACUUUGAUGAGAAUGGCUUCCCUCAAUCUGACUACUUUUCCAUCGUGGAAUGGCAGAAAGGAAAAAAACCCAAACAUGGCUGGCCAGUCUACAGGGCAUCUGUCAAGUUUGUCAGCAGUAACCGGUUUCAGACAAGUGCAAAAAUUAGAGAAUACUUGUCAGUCAACAAAGAUGAGCCUCUACCUCCGAAGAGGCCUUCUGUGCCACCAUCUAGAUAUUCAGAAUCAGACUCUGAAACGGAUAUAGAGGAUCUACCACGGACACAAAGUAAAAGGCCAGCAACUACAAGAUCACAGAAUGUAGCCAAAAAAGUUGUGGAUAAAUAUCAAGUCAGCCUAACACAAUCUCAGACACUUGAUCAAUUGGAGGAAGAAAAUACAAGAUUAAGAAUUGAAAAUGAAAAACUGAAAAGCAUGUUAAUGAGAGAGAUACCAGGUAUGAUUGCUGAGGUGAAGACAGCCCUCAAGUCUUCAGGGUCGACGUCCUCUAGCUUUGACUUGGAACAAGGCCAGCUUUCAUCUUCAAGGAUUCCAAAGCCAUCUCCACCUGUUGCCCAGGCCUGUCCCAGACUUCCACAGACCAGGUUGAGAUUGUUCCUGGCUCCAAGGUGUUCAUAGACAGGCUGGCUUGGGCUGUGGCUCAGAAUGCUAAUUCGGCGUCAUGCUUUAUCCGGACAGUCCUCACGUCCAUCUUUCCAAUGGAUGUGCUGCUAGUAAGCAGCCUACGUGGAACGUCCAGGGACUCUUCUGGUCAACAAAAGCAGCCUCUGGACAAAAAAGAAACUGGACGCCAUCUAUAGGGCGACACUAGACAAAUGGCCCCACACCAUCCCGUCACACAUUGGGGCCGUCAUCAACUCAAAACUCACCAAAAUUAGGGGAAAAAACAAACUUAAAAAUCCGGAUCCGGAAACACUGAUGUUGUUUGAUGACAACACUCAGGAGUAAAUGUUGAAGAAGAGUUGCACUCUUUUGCAUCUGUUGUCCUGAGGCAUGCUCUUUGCUGGGUCUACAUGCUGACAGCUGCAGCUUUUUCUUCUGUUUCCUGAUUCUCGUUUGUUGGUAUGUCGAAUGAGGUGGACUUGUAAACUUUGUACUUUUUUCUGUGGAAAUUGCAAGAGAAUCAUUGAACAUUACCAAAGCAGCCACAGACAUUACGGAAGAAAUUGUUCACUACCCUGCAUAUACAAAGACUGUGCACAAUAUUUCAGAUGUAAAAAAUCCUUGGAGGUCCACUUGAGAGAUCAUGGGGUCAUAGAAGGAAGUAAUGAACUUGUUGGCUUUAAACUUAAAUGUUUACUGUGUGACUUUAAAGAGCUAGUCAGCAUAAAACAAUAUAUUGCUCAUCUUGGGAAACAUCUGAAGAGUAGGGAAACUGUUACUUGUCUUUUUAAUCACUGCCUUUUCAAAUCAAACAUUUUCUCCAGUUUUACAUCGUAUAAAUGUUGCUGUCAUCCCAGUUCUACUUUGAAGGACUUUAAGACAGAGAUCACGAUCCAAGAAAGUCAAAUUGAAUUGGCAGAAUGUGAAGCUGCUGAAACACAAUCAGAUGUUACAGACAAUGAUUUUCAUGUUCCACUUGAGGAUAAUGAACCAGUGUACCAUACCACAACUGAAAAAAUUCAGGAAAAGCUUGCAUCAUUACUGCUGCGAAUGCAAGCAGUCUUGCAUGUUUCCAGAUUAGCCAUUCAGGAAAUAGUCAAUGAAUUUUAUGACAUUGGCAUUUUCAUUGAUGAACUAAACAAGUCUACAUUUAAAAAGGUACUAAGGCAGCACAUUUGUAACAUUCAUGAAAGUACUGUAACUUUGGUAACAGAUGCCUUACACAGUCUGAGCCCACUUAGCUCCAUUUCCCAGAGUGGGUGUUUGGGAUCAGACCAAAAACGUUUGAAAUAUUUCAAAGAAAAAUUUGGUGUCAUAGACCCAGUUGAAUAUGUAUUAGAUCUGCCAUCAAAAAAAAAACCCUUUGUUUAUGUCCCAGUUCUACAAACACUGCAGAGAUUGUUAAAUAGAGGUGAUAUUAUUGACAAAGUUUUAGAAGAAAUCCAUAAAGAAUCACAACCUGGCUGUUACAACAGUUCAUUUGAUGGCUCUUAUUUCAAGGAGAACCCACUUCUGUCCGGGGAAGAUCGGAGCAUUUCCUUAGCUCUGCAUAUUGAUGAUUUUGAACUUGGUAUGUGGAGCACCUCAGAUGCUACGAAGUCUGCAAAAGAGACCCUGCUGAACUGA